CUGGGAAUCCCCCCGGUGCUCCUUGAGUCCCUGGCCCCGGCACGGUUCAGGACUGGGAUCUCGCUGCAGCCCGCUGAAGGUGGGAUCGGCGAGGAAGCCGGUACCGGGCUCCUAACUCGAAGAAGGGACUCCCCUGUGCGGGACGGAGCGGAACGGAGGCGGGCUCGGCAGGCAGGGUGUCUGCGGGCUGGGUGUCGCCGAGGAGCUCCCACGCGUGUCCACGGAAGACAAGGGUCCCACUCAGGACAGCCCGCCCCCGGGAAGGGGCACAGCACCCAGCCGGUCCCGCCCUGGGGCUGAUGACGGGAGCCGAGUGAGCCGCGAGCCCCAUUCGUAGACCGAACGUCCCCGAAGUGACCGGUUCGGAGAGCGGCCGGUCCGGGGAGGCCGGUUCGGAAAGUGACCAGUCCAAAGCGAGGCCGGCGAGAGCGAUCGGUGCAAAAAGAGGCAGUCUUGCCUAGAAGCGGCCGCGCCGCGGGACUCCCGGACGGACAGCCGUGGGCCGACCGGGAGGCCCGAGCUAGCCGGCGGGCGGGCGGGCGGACGGGCGGUACGGGCCCAUGGCGGAACCGGCGCUGCCGCUGGUGACUCGGCUCAGCUAUGCAGUGGGUCACUUCCUGAACGACCUAUGCGCCUCCAUGUGGUUCACCUACCUGCUGCUGUACCUGCACUCGGUGCAGGGCUACAGCUCUUGGGGCGCCGGUGUCCUGCUGCUGCUGGGCCAGCUGGCCGACGGCGUGUGCACGCCCCUCGUGGGCUACGAGGCGGACCGUUCCGGGGGCUGCUGCGGGCGCUACGGCCCCCGAAAGUCCUGGCACCUGGUCGGCACCAUUUGUGUCCUGCUCUCUUUCCCUUUCAUCUUUAACCCCUGUCUGGGUUGCACAGCUGCCACGGCAGAGUGGGCCGCCAUUAUCUACUACGCACCUUUCAUUGUGAUCUUCCAGUUUGGCUGGGCAGCCACCCAGAUCUCCCACCUGUCUCUAAUUCCUGAGCUGGUCACCAAUGACCACGAGAAGGUAGAACUCACAGCCUUCAGGUAUGCCUUCACCGUGGUAGCCAACAUUGCUGUCUAUGGGGCUGCCUGGCUGCUUCUCCAUUUCCAGGGGUCCCACUCUGAGUCCCCUGAUUCAGGCACCAGUGACCAGCUGGGCCUACAGGAUGUGCCAGUGUUUAGGAACCUCUCCCUGAUGGUUGUCUGUGUCGGGGCUGUCUUCUCCCUGCUUUUCCACCUGGGCACCAAGGAACGUCCUCGGCAGCAGCGAGGGCCCCCGGAGCCCAGUGAGCACAGCCCCCUGCUCCCGCCCGCCCCCCAGCACAUGCUUCUCUGGAAACACUGGCUCCGGGAGCCCUCCUUUUACCAGGUUGGCAUGCUGUAUAUGAGCACACGACUCAUUGUGAACCUGUCCCAGACAUAUAUGGCCAUGUAUCUGACCUACUCUCUCAACCUGCCCAAGAAGUUCAUUGCGACCAUCCCCCUGGUGAUGUAUGUCAGCGGCUUCUUCUCCUCUUUCUUCAUGAAGCCAGUGAACAAGUACAUCGGCCGAAACCUGACUUACUUCGCCGGCCUUUUGGUCAUCCUGGCCUUUGCUUCGUGGGUAGCACUGGCCAACACGCUGGGUGUAGCUGUGUAUGGAGCUGCAGUACUCCUGGGUAUAGGCUCAGCCACCAUUCUUGUAAUGUCCCUGUCCAUGACAGCUGACCUCAUCGGCAGCCACACGAACAGUGGGGCCUUUGUGUAUGGGGCCAUGAGCUUCACAGACAAGGUAGCCAACGGACUGGCUGUGAUGGCCAUCCAGAGCCUGUACCCCUGCUCCUCAGACCUGUGCUGUGCAGCCUGCAUAGGCUUCUACCACUGGGUGAUGGUGGCUGUGACCGGAGGCGUGGGCGUGGCUGCUGCCCUCUGUCUCUGUAGCAUCUUUCUCUGGCCCAUCCAAGUUCGAUUCUUCUCCGAGAUCUCCAGGACCUUCCCCGGUGACCUUGUAGGAUGAUACAGCUGUGGCUGGCCCAGCUGAGGCUGCCACUAGACCAAACUCAGGAGCCUUCCAGGACAUUACAGUCAACUGAACAGUCAGGAUCGCUCAGGUGUCUGUGCCCAUGGACUUUCUUCCUUCCCCUUCCCUGGAUACUGGGACUCAGAUCCAAGAGUCUCCUGCAGUGGACCACUCCCAGCUGGUCUGGGGGAUUGGCCCAUUUCCCUGACCCAGGGAUCUCUGGGCUGGUAGCUGUUUACAAAGAAUGUUGGAGUAAUAAAUAAAAGUCCCACCAUGAGGGUGGGAAUUCUCCAUAUGGGCCCAGUGUGCACACUUGGAGGGACUGAAGGGGAUGGAAAUUCUAGCCUCCUGGACCCCAUUGUCUUCUCCCAUCUCAUCAUUACCCCGGAGCUUCUGGGGAUUAUUGGCUUCAGUAUGGAGGGGACACACAACCUAGAUCCAGAAGGGAAGGAGGAACAAGGUCUCUUGUCCUUUGUUCCUCUUCUACUUCUGGAAUGCCACUGCGUUAGGGCUGGUGAGUUUGUGGAUACUAUGUCAGAGGGAAGGGGAAGGGAAACCACUUGGCUCUUCACCUUGCCCCACUCUGACCUUAGAAAAGAACUGCUUAGGGGGCAGCUAGGUGGCACAGUAGAUAAAGCACUGGCCUUGGAUUCAGGAGGGACCUGAGUUCAAAUCCGGUCUCAGACACAUGACAGUUACAAGCUGUGUGAUCUUGGGCAAGUCACUCAAACCUCAUUGUCCCACAAAAAAAAAAAAGAGCUUCUUUCCAGGCCUCAUUUUUUCCAUCUGCAAAAUGGGUAAGAUCCCUGCCUAUUUGCCUUAUGGGGACUUUUGUAGAGGGUUUUGGGGGUUUUUUUUGCCUUCCAAGAGGGAUCUUUGUGUGUCCUGUGUAUGUACUAUGUUUGUCAUGCUGCGUGCAAUUAAUACUCAGGAUCCAUCUGGUAGUUAGGCCUGCCUGAAUGCCUCUAGUCUUGGAGAACUCACUACCUCCCUGUAAGCUUUUCUCUUCCCCUCCCUUUCUUGCUCUCCCUUUCCCCCCAAACCCCAUGUUGCUCCUGGAUCUGCCCUCUGGUGCCAAAUUUUCUUUUGUGGGGCAAUGAGGGUUAAGUGAUUUGCCCAGGGUCACACAGCUAGUAAGUGUUAAGUGUCUGAGGCCGGAUUUGAACUCAGGUCCUCCUGAAUCCAGGGCCGGUGCUCUAUCCACUGUGCCACUAACAAGCAUAUGGUGUGGUUUUCUGCACUUCCCCCCUCCCCCUACUCUUCUCUACAUUGCAGUCCAGCUUGUCAAUGUUCCUCCUAAAACUGAACUCCAGAACUGAACAUGGGACUACCACUACAGCACAGAGGGGAUCCCAGCUCCCUUCUCUUCCCCAGACAUUAGGGCUCUCAUUCAGCAUAACAAAAUCUGGCUUUGGGCUUGACCCGCACCUGGAUCCCUGUUGUCCUGGCACAUCUGCCCCAUGCUAUAGUUGGGCAACUGAUUAUUUGAAUCCAUGUGCUAGGCUUCACUUUUAUCCCUAAUGAAUUUUGUUCUGUUAGAUUUAGUCCAUUGUUUUGACUUGUUAGAAACUUACCCAGGAUUGUUAGAUGCAUGUGCACAGAUGUCCAGGGUGUGUGUGUGUCUGUGUGUCUGUGUUUGUGUCUGUGUGUGUGAUAUGUGUUUAUAUAUGUAGAUCAGGGUUGGGGUUUUUUGUUUGUUUUGCUUUGCAGGGCAAUGAGGG